UUUCAAUCGUUCUCCGAAAGAAUCUCUCAAAUUGAGGUCAACGUAUUUCAUAAAGUAAAGCAUCCUUAUGAAGAAGAGGACGAAGAGAAUGGAACCUUUUAUUCUCGAUGUUUGAAACGGUUAAAAAAUGAUAAUUUCUCGGCUGAGUUUACAGAACUAUGUAAAGUUCUCCCUCACGAUGUUUCUUUACCCGAGCUGAUCGUUCAGAAACAAAAACUAGUAGAUAUUUUGAUUAGUCAUAUAAAAUCCUGCGAUUUGGAAGCGUUACCUCCAGCUUUAGAAUUAUUAGUUGCCAUCGCACGAGACCUAGGUGAAGAUUUUUAUCCAUUUUUUCACCUUCAAAUCCUACCAGAAUGUGUAGAGUUAUUGAAUUCUCGAGAACCAGAACAAAUCGAAUGCGUUUUCAAUUGCCUUGCUCAUCUCUUCAAGUACCUGUGGGUACAUAUCGUAAGAAAAAUCAGCAAUGUUUUGCCACAUUUGUUACCUUUGCUCAGCAGUUCCAGACCAAAAUACAUCAACGAGUUUGCUGCUGAAAGUUUCGCUUUUGUAGCUCGUAAAGAGCUAGUCGGCGUGGCAAGAUUAUUCUUCGAAGUCAUAAGAAGUGUGGCUCAACAGUUUCACAGUUGUACUGAAGAUUUCUUGACCCUACUACUUGAAGAGUUAGAUAAUAGAGAAUGGUCUGAACUGUUGUUGAUUAUUUGUGAAAAUUUGAUCUCUGAUAUUACCAGAUUCGUGUCAACGAAAACGGAUGUUUCUGUCAUUUGGAAGACUUUUAUCAAUGUGGGUAACAAAUUUUCAGCCCUAUGGGUGAAGCAUCGAGAUGAGCAUAAUGCAUGCAAUUUAUACAUGAUUUUGAAAAUCGCCCAACAACUGGUGACUAGCAGAGAACUCAUCCUGAGGGAUCCGGAAAAAUUCGUAGCAUUUCUCUUACAAUUGGGGAAAGAUCCUGAAGUUCGGAAGUUCAAUCAGUUACAUGGAAUAAUUAUCGAUAUCUUGUCGUAUAUCCUCAGUGAGGAACGUUUAUCUCUUAAAAUCAAAAAUACGACUGACAUAAUAAUGAAGAUUGCAGAGAACAUUGACAAUGAGGUGUUGCUCGUUCAAUUUUGUGAAGUACUCAUUGAGCUUCCAGCUUAUGAAAAGCUCGUUUUUGAAGAAUUCCUUAAAUGGUCAGUUCCUGACUCAUUUUACCAAUAUCUAUUGGAUUGUAUUCCAGAUAAAUCAAAAGAAAUUACGUCUUCUUCUGUGGAAGAGAUUUUGUCUGCAAUUUUAAUCUUGUCUGGUGUAGAAAAAUGUCGUGAAUCGUUUUGCAAGAAAACUGAUUAUGCGAUUGCCCAGCUUUGCUUAAUCAUCAAGGAUAAGGAUGAAAACGAAGAAAACACUGCAAAAAUUUUAUACACUUUACUGAUGGCGUAUCAUUAUCGUUCAAAAUGCUCGGAUUUCCUUGAAGUGAACCUCGAUCAUAUUUUCGAAACAGCCAUGAAAUAUGUUAAUUCGUGCAAUUACCUUUGCUCAUUGAGACUGCUCCAGUUAAAGAAGGUUCCAAAUGAUAUGAAACCUUUGUACUACAACAGAGACUUGUUAAUCAACAAUUUAAGCUCUCCGUUUCACAAGGUACGAUUAUUUACCUUACAAGUUUUGGCAGAAAUGGAAAGCAAUGAAGUGUUUCAAACGAUGCUGAACGUUGAAAUGAUUAUUCCAUCGAUUGGAAAUUAUCGUGAAAAGUUGAAUUUACUCCAACAAUUGGAGUACAGUGAUGAGUUGGCGUCGUGCAGCGUUGCUGUGAUGAAAUUUUUGUUUGGCAAUUUAUUCAUAAAUUUCCAAUACUUGUGGGAACCUACGCAGAAACUGAUCAAAUCUCAUCUAGAGAAUAACCAAUCUAUUUGGCCUACUGUGCAAGAUGAGCUGGAGGAUUCAGUUGUCAAUAUUUUGGAUAAGCUGAAAAUGAUGCAAGAUUUUUCUGUGAACUUUGAAGCUGACUGCAUCAGUGAACAUUUUUAUGAACUUAAUGGCGUUGACGACCGACCUGAUUUCUACAAUUUUCGAAACCUUUUGCUGGAAUCUUUGCUCAGUGCCAGUCAUGUGAAAUUCACUUCUGAAUACAAGACUACCUUCGAGUACAAGACUUCGAUCGAUGUCCAGAAGAUGGACGAAGAACUUUCAGACACUGAGAACGCCGACACUGAAGAUAAUUCUGAAAAAUCUUCAAAAAAAAAAGCUGAAACCAGAUCAUAA